CCGGGGCGCGGCGCCGCCUGCCCUUCACAAAGAUGGCGGCGCUUCUGCCGGGCGCGGGGACGGGAGCCGCGGGGGGACAUGAAGGCUCGAGGGCCGUGGAAAGGGCGCGGAGCGUCUCCCGGAGCUGCGGCCGCCUGCUCCCGGAGAGCCCGGUCCCCCUCCGUCACCUCCCUCAAGGCCCCAAGGAGGGCUCGGGUCCCCAUGGCCAACUCCCGGCAGCGGAGGCCUGGUCUCCAAGCCUGUCCCUCCCGGGGGUCACGUCCCCCGGGGAAGACCCGGCCCCCCGCCAUGGAGUGCCUUGUGCCGAGGAGGGUCCCAGCCUGCCAGGACUCAGCCUCCUGGUGGGCAUCCAGCCCUGGGCUGUGGUGGGGUGGCCACCGUCCCCCUCACCUGGGCCACCCCACGGACAGGGUGACGAUGGGCCGGUGCAGUGGCAGUUCAGGGCACAAUGCCACCGUCAAGACACAGCCCUGGGUGGGUGGUAACGAUGUGUUCACCCCCCGCACCGGGUGCUGUUGUCCCCGGUUGUGAUGCAGCUCUCAAACACCGGCAGUUCCAUGGCGUCUGGGACAGCGGGGACAGCUGGAGCAGGGACAACCUCCAGCCCUCCUCGGCUCCACCAGUGUCCCGUAGCACGCCAGGCCUGCUGGGUGUUGUCACCUUCCCCAGGCUACACGCAGCCCAUCCUUGGGAAAGGCAGCAGGUCUGAGCCAGGGGGAAAACCAACACACAAAAAAAAUUAUGGAUUUAAAUCGUCCGCUAAACGUGUUCCUGCUUUGAGACGCUGAGGGUUUUUUUUUUCCAAGAGCAAACAGGCUCUGACCCCUCCCGGGCACAUCGAGAUCCUGAGAAGUGCCGUGUCCUGCCCGCCGGAGGUGCGGGCACAGCUGCCUCCCCCUGCCCGCUCCUGCCGCCCCUCGGACAGGCGCGUCCUUGGAGCUCCGGGUGCACCAUCACCCAGCAAGGUCUGCAUGGGAGUCCCCAAAGUCUCGGGGCUGCCGUAGCUCUGGCCUGGUGCCAUGGAUGUGAAGGAGAUUAUCGAUCUGACCUGCGAGGACACGAGCACAGACGUGGCGUCGUGCAGCAGCCUCACCAUCAUCGACCUGACAGAGGACACGUGCAGCCCUCCCCACACCACUGCCUGGGCUGACCAGGACCCCAGGCAGGUGCCUGCUGCCCCAGCAGCUGACACAUCCCAUCCCCGGCUCUGCUCCACCACAACACCACAAACAGAGGCAACGUUGAAGCCAAGCCCUGCAGCACCCUCACAGGAUGCUCCCGCGGAGCCCGGUGCCACCACGGACGGGGCAGAAAGCAAAGAGAACCGGAGCUGCUUCUCUCCCACCUCCAGCCGCCGCAGUUCCUCCUGCAGCCCGGAGCAGAACUGCAGCACUACCACUUUUAACAGUGACUUGGGCUCCCUGGCCAGCAUGCAGCUGGACUCGGACAUGCUGUCCCUGUCCCCCUCCAGCCGGGACAGCAGCAGCAGCUGGAGACCCAGUAGCCCAGAGGAAGAGACUCCCCACCUCGGCCAGCAAAAGGAGCUGCCCCCGAGGCUAAGCCCUGCCCCAGUCAUUCCCCCAACCCCAGUGAAGGCCCAAGGGCCUUUGAUGGGAGCAGGUGACUUACAACCACACGGAGCAAUCCAGCAGGUGACCCCAGUCAGGACCAAGGCUGACAGCAAGGCCUGGCUGAACAAACUGCACUAUUUCAGGAGGAGCGGAGUCCAGCACCUCUUCAUCCAAGAUGUAGCACCCAACAGGGAAACACAGCAGCGGAAACCUGACCUCAUCCCCAGUGGGAAGCUGAGCAUGGUGCGUACCACCAUGGAGGAGAACUUCCUGGAGGGCACCUUGCAUUUCCUGAGCGAGUUCGUCUCCUGCAAGCACCGUCCCCCCAAGGAAAUAAUCUCCCACCUGAUCAGACAGAUCCUAUUGAACGUCCACCAAAGGGAAAUCCUGAAGGACACCUACAUGCUGCUGAUGAAGAUCCAAAUGCUCCAUCCAGCCAACGCCGCCACAGUGGGAUGGGACUGGACGCUGCUGAAGUACAUCAUGGAGGACCAGCAGAAGCCCCCUGGCUGGCUCCUCUUCCUGCAGUACGUGGUGCAGACCCUGGAGGAUGACUUCCAGGAAAACCUGAGGUUGCGUCUGCUGCAGAAGUCAAUUGCCAAGAAAGUGCUUUCAUGUGACAUGUGCUUCAACAAUGUCAAGGAGGUGAUCGAAUGGUUGAUUGCAGCAGUGACAGGGGUCGGGUUCUCUCAGCCCGAGGAGCAGCUGCAAGAAAUGACAUCCUCUUCAGCAGACACAAGGACCGAAAGCUCAUCUGCACCACAGCCGGCCAGCACUGACCAGGCAGAGGUGGCUCCACCAACUUUCUUUGCCCAGAGGGUGAUGCUCCUGCUCCAGCGGAUGUUGUCCAUCGCAGUGGAAGUGGACAAAUCUCCCAACUGCAGCUCCUGUAAGAUCGCAGAUGUGAUAUUCCCAUUUAUACUGAAUAUUCCCCUGAGGAGCCAAAGGGAAGCUUUCUUAAACACCAUGGAAAGUCACCUCCUGCGCUGUAAACUGCUUGAGCUGCUGUUCCUGCAUAGUUGUGACGUGCCCACAACUUUGCCCUUGUCUCUGGCCAAGAUCCUGUACUUCCUGAGCCAUUCCUCUGUGCUGCUGCAAUACCAGGAUGAAACAGCAACAUGGCAAAGAUGGGAUGAGAUGCUGCAUUACUUGAGUUUGCUGCUGAUGAGUUACCAAAAUGUAAUACUGGAGCACUUGCGGAGCUCACUUAGUGACCGCAUGGACUUGAUCAUUCAGAAAGCCAAGCCCAAGCUCCAGGACAGCGAUGAGAUCAGCCAUCUGGACGUUCAACUGAAUAUAGAGGACUUCAUCAGGCGAAUGCAGCAGGUCCUGGGGCAGCCUUUUCCCCAGCAGAUCAUGGAGAAACUGUGCAUGCUUCGGGAGUUGUUCCUCAUUGUCACUGCUACCUGAUGGAGACAACCCCUGUGGCAGGGGGCACAAAGAGCUUCACAUUUCCUCUGUAAAACCCCAUCAAAACCCCCAUCUCAUGCUGCAGUCAUAAGUGUCAUACAUCUCAUAGGUUCGUUUAUGCAUUUCUUUGGAAAAAUGUCUGGUUUACAGAGUCUCAGAAUUUCCUUUCAUACCUGCCUCAUCCCAGUUUUACAAGGAACUUUGUACACUUUAAAAGAAAUAAAUUAUUUUUUUAUUUGA